UUAUUAUUAUUAAGCAUUGAGACAAGCUCAAAGAUCAAACUGUUGUAACGCCAUUUCACCUGUGUUAACGAGACAAGAGCAACGACAAUGCUUGAGUUGGUGUUGUUGUACAAGAACCCAUUACUCCACGCAUCACUCUCCAUCAUCCUCGCUAUUAUCUUAGCUUUCUUCAGAAUCCCAAUCUUAUUCCUCUACGGUCUCCAAACCUACAUCCACCCCGAUUCCCAACCCCAAACUAAUGGCCUCAAAGCCGCCAUUCGCCGCCCUGGUGUCGACGGUUACCAAUCCUUGUCUUCCAAAACAACCACCGACCUACGAAAGAGAAACAAGUCCAAAGACAAAGUCGAUUUCGACGAAAGUAAUGCGCAGAUCUUCAGGUUAAGGCUCGACCAAAGUCAUCUUCAAUCUCGUCUUUAUAUUGAUCAGUACUGUGUUGCUUUCACUGUUUCCUUUGUUGCCCUUUUCUCUCUUUUGCUUCAUCAUUUUUUGGAUUCUCAAGAGAAUAAUGGGUUGUUGGCAAAUGGGGUUUUUGUUCCGAUUCUGUUAUCAAUUUUGAGUCUUUAUUCAUGGGGGACGCUGCUUGCUAAGGUUGCGUUUGAGAGAUCUGCGUCAAGGAGGUCUGAGAAGCAAUUAAGCGUUGUUUUUGGGGUUUUGGGGCUUUUUUUAGGGUUGCUUCUUGUUCCUGAGGUUGCUUCUUUGGUUUUGGAUUUUGAUUUUGGGGUUUCUGUUGAUGGGUUUUGGAGGGUUUUCAUAUCUGCAUUGAUGGGUUGUCUUGCUAGUUUUUUGUUCAUUCCUGCUACAAGAAGUGCUCGUUCUUUUUGGCUUGGAACUGAUCAGAUUCGUUGCAAUUUGUCAAUGAUAACUUGUGGUUCUUUUAACCGUAUGAUCCUGUAUGCAAAUCAAAUCUUGCUUAUUUUUGUCGCUUUGAUUUGGAUUACUCCUUUGGCUGAAGUUUUUGUAAACAAAAACUAUAAUAACAGUAAGGGAGAUAGUGCAACAACGAGUGGAGUUGGUAAUGCUGAUAAAUUGGUAGGGAAUUUGGGGUUCUUGCCAUCUGAUUUUGGUAACUUUAGGCGUUGGUGCUUGUUGGCGUCGAGUUUGUUGCAGAUUGUGGCUUUAAGACCCAACCUGCAAAUGUAUCUCAAUGAAGCUUUGUUAUCCUGGUAUCAAAGGCUUCAUGGUAGCAAGGUUCCUGACUUGGAUUACAGUAGGGCAAAGAUGUUUCUGCAUAACCACUACUUGUGCCUUGUGGUUUUGCAAUUUCUUGGUCCUCCUGUGCUGGUACUUAUCUUUCUGGGCUUGUCUCAGAUUGAUGGUCCUUCCUUUGGGAAUUUUCCAUUGGUAUUGCCUACCUCUGCUUUUGUCAAGGAGGUUGCAUUGUUUUUGGCUUGGUGGGUAACCUUUCUGUGGGCGAUAUUCUCUUCGGUGAUCCUUUUGCUACAUCGCCAUUGUAUUUUAAUUUUGAGAAGAGUGAGAAGACUGUUGGAUUUAUUAUAGCAUAAGUUUUGCAGGUUAGUCAACUCAUUAUGAUUCUUUAGGUAACUUCAAAACAUUCAGAUAUGACUGACUUGUAUGUUGCUGUUGUAGUUAUUGGACAUGAAAAUCAUAUCAUAUACAAUAAACUACUGAUCACAUAAAAACCAAAGUUAUAUGGUAUUUUGCAUUUCCUCCAAAAUUUCAUGCAAAAUUACACACAUCAUUUGUAAAUUAGAAGUAUGUUUAUUACAUUAUACUAUAGCCAGAAAAUAUUGCCGGCACAUCAUGCUAUGUAAUGGGGGUAAGCCUGGCACCCUGUAUACGCCAUAUUUGAACUUUCCAUUAACUAAACCUUGUCAUGUUUAUUCAUCA